AUGGCUGCAACUGUGGAUAUGUCUCUUGAUGACAUUAUAAAGAAAAACAGAGAGAGAGGUAGAGGACGAGGUAGGGCCAGCCGUGGCCGUGGAACUGGUAGGCCGUUUAACAGUGGCCGUGGAACUGGUAGGCCGUUUAACAGUGGCCGUGGAUCUGGUAGGCCGUUUAACAGUGGAAGGAUGGCUGGGGCAGUUCGUAGAGGCCCUCUCUCAGUGAAUGCUCGGCCAUCAAAAUACACAAUUGCUAAGGCAAGCUCAAAACUGUGGAUGAUCUCAUCUCUCCUAGUUCAUGGUGUUUUUGCAAAGGAGUUCCUUCGCUUAACUUCAGAACUGGAGCUCUCACCUAUAUCAAAGCAUUGGGUUUCUCAUGCACCUUCUCGAAGAAUUAGGAGUUUGCCUUGGCACCAUGAUUUGCUUGAGGAUAGCAUUAGAGCGGCAGGGAUUACAGGAUUAGAAGUUGGAACCAAGUUGUAUGUUUCGAACUUGGAUUAUGGCGUGACCAAUGAAGACAUAAGGGAGCUCUUUGCAGAGAUUGGAGAUCUGAAACGUUUUGCUGUUCACUAUGACAAAAAUGGUCGCCCAAGUAGCCUUUUAUUGGUGACCCUUCUUUUCCUUGGUUAUGGAGUUAGUGCCUUCCAUGAGCUAGGCUCGGCUGAAGUUAUGUAUACCAGAAGAAGCGAUGCGUUUUCCGCUCUUAAGAAGUAUAACAAUGUACUGUUAGAUGGAAAGCCUAUGAAGAUUGAGAUUGUGGGUACCAAUCCAGAGGUGCCUAUUUCCGCUCGAGUGAAUGUUACUGGAGCAAAUGGAAAGAAGAGGAGAACUGUUGUUAUGACGCCUGGAUCAGCUCCUGGAAGAGGCGCACCUGUGAAUAAUCGUGGUUCUGGACUUGCAAAUAAUAAUGUGAUGUAUGUGUUGCUGGAUCUGUGCAGUCAGAGCCGUCGUGGGGGUGGGGGUCUGAGGAAUGGUGUGAGGAAUGGUCGUGGUCGUGCUCCGGGCCGAGGACGUGGACGUGGCAAGAUGCAACCUGUUGAUAAGUCUGCAGAUGAUCUGGAUAAGGAAUUGGAAACCUAUCAUGCUGAAGCCAUGCAAACUUAA